AAAAAGUUUAUUUCAUAUCAUUAAAAAAGAACAAAAUGGAAGAAGAGGAAGGUGAUGCUAUGCUGCGUGCUAUAAGAGCUAAUAAUAUAGCAGAUUAUGACGUGGAUAGAGGUAAGAAACCAACGAGAGAAGAUGUCGGGAAUCUCUUGAAGGAUGAGGAAGGGAAAGUAUUCUAUUUUAAAAUCACGUACAACCACAGCACAAGGAAAAUGGAUGAAAAGGAAUAUGCAGAAAUAGAGGAGCACCUUUAUAAGGAAUACCGUCUUUACAAGAUGAAAUCAACCAUAGACAGUGAAGGGAAUAAGGAGGGACAGACCCUAUCAAGAUCAACAUACGUGGCAUUCAUAAAUCAUGAGCAAGCUAUUGGGAUAGUUUUCGUACAAGCUAUUGUCAAGAUGCUGAAAAAGAGUAUCUUUGAAUUGAAAGUGGAUGAUAGAGACCUUCCUCUUGACACUGAUGGUGUACAUGUACUGGCAUCAAUGGCCAUUGCAUACCAGGAAAAAAAUGAAGAAAAAGGAGAAGAAGAUGGAGGAGGAAAGGAAGGAGAAGAGAAAAAAGAAGAAGAUGGAGGAGGAAAGGAAGGAGAAAAGAAAGAAGAAGAAAAGAAAGAAGAGAAAGGAAAGGAAAGGGAAGAAAAUUAAGAAGAAGAUUAAUGAGAGACAAUGUUUAUACUUAUCAUCAUUAUUACCAAUGAUUUAUGGUUUUAUA